AAGGAGGAUGUGUCAGUUUGAAAGUCCUCCUACCUCAAUUCCGAGUUGGAUCAUGGAUUCAGUUUUAAUCUUUUAAUUGGGGAGUAAGAUCAGAAAUCUUUAUUCUUAAUUUAGGGUGAUACGGGUUGACAUUGGGGCCCUUUAAAGGAAGAACGACUUAACUUUAUGCUGCUCCCGUGUUUGAAGGAGGACAAAAAAAGUCCCACCUGGCAACAUUUCCGUAACGUCUUCAGUAGAAAACACCAGGUAUCUUUUGAUUCGCGAUAGUUUUCGUUAUUUGUCCAGCUUGCAUCGAGUGCAACUCCCAGGGUUACCUAGGUUUUAGGUCUGAAACAGAUGCAGAAUCCAAAGGCAGCGCAAAAAAGAGUCACCGAUUUUGCUAUGCCUCUGAGCUGCGAGAUAAUCAGACAGCUAAAUGGAGUCUGAACAGCUGUUCCAUAGAGACUACUAUAGAAACAGCUACAACAGUAUAACAAGUGCAAGUAGUGAUGAGGAACUUUUAGAUGGAGCAGGUGUUAUUAUGGACUUUCAAACUUCUGAAGAUGACAAUUUGUUAGAUGGUGACACGGCAGUUGGAACUCAUUAUACAAUGACGAAUGGAGGCAGCAUUAACAGUUCUACACACUUAUUGGAUCUCUUAGAUGAACCAAUUCCAGGUGUAGGUACAUAUGAUGAUUUCCAUACUAUUGAUUGGGUACGAGAGAAAUGUAAAGACAGAGAAAGGCACAGACGGAUCAACAGCAAAAAGAAAGAAUCAGCAUGGGAAAUGACAAAAAGUUUAUAUGAUGCGUGGUCAGGAUGGCUAGUAGUAACAUUAACAGGAUUGGCUUCAGGAGCAUUGGCUGGAUUAAUAGACAUUGCUGCUGAUUGGAUGACUGACCUAAAAGAGGGUAUUUGCCUCAGUGCGUUGUGGUACAACCAUGAACAGUGUUGUUGGGGAUCUAAUGAAACAACAUUUGAAGAGAGAGAUAAAUGUCCACAGUGGAAAACAUGGGCAGAACUAAUCAUAGGUCAAGCAGAGGGUCCUGGUUCUUACAUCAUGAAUUAUAUAAUGUACAUUUUCUGGGCCUUGAGUUUUGCCUUUCUUGCAGUUUCCCUAGUAAAGAUAUUUGCUCCAUAUGCCUGUGGCUCUGGAAUUCCAGAGAUUAAAACUAUUUUGAGUGGAUUCAUCAUCCGAGGUUACUUGGGAAAAUGGACUUUAAUGAUUAAAACCAUCACUUUAGUACUUGCCGUGGCAUCAGGUUUGAGUUUAGGAAAAGAAGGUCCCCUGGUGCAUGUUGCCUGUUGCUGUGGAAAUAUAUUUUCCUACCUCUUUCCAAAGUACAGCACAAAUGAAGCUAAAAAAAGGGAGGUGCUAUCCGCUGCCUCUGCUGCGGGUGUUUCUGUAGCUUUUGGUGCGCCAAUUGGAGGAGUUCUUUUUAGCCUGGAAGAGGUUAGCUAUUAUUUUCCUCUCAAAACUUUAUGGAGAUCAUUUUUUGCUGCUUUAGUGGCAGCCUUUGUUUUGAGAUCCAUCAAUCCAUUUGGUAAUAGCCGCCUCGUCCUUUUUUAUGUGGAGUAUCAUACACCAUGGUACCUUUUUGAACUGUUUCCUUUUAUUCUCCUAGGGGUAUUUGGAGGGCUGUGGGGAGCCUUUUUCAUUAGGGCAAAUAUUGCCUGGUGUCGUCGACGAAAAUCCACUAAAUUUGGAAAGUAUCCUGUUCUUGAAGUCAUUAUUGUUGCAGCUAUUACUGCUGUGAUAGCCUUUCCCAACCCAUACACUAGGCUCAACACCAGUGAGCUGAUAAAGGAGCUUUUUACAGACUGUGGCCCCCUGGAAUCCUCCUCUCUUUGUGACUACAGAAAUGACAUGAAUGCCAGUAAAAUUGUCGAUGAUAUUCCUGAUCGUCCAGCAGGCCUUGGAGUUUAUUCAGCUAUAUGGCAGUUGUGCUUAGCACUCAUAUUUAAAAUCAUAAUGACAGUGUUCACUUUUGGUAUCAAGGUUCCGUCAGGCUUGUUCAUCCCUAGCAUGGCCAUCGGAGCCAUUGCAGGAAGGAUCGUGGGGAUUGCGGUGGAACAGCUAGCUUAUUAUCACCAUGACUGGUUUAUCUUUAAGGAGUGGUGUGAAGUAGGGGCCGACUGCAUUACCCCAGGCCUUUAUGCCAUGGUUGGAGCUGCCGCAUGCUUAGGUGGCGUGACGAGGAUGACUGUCUCCCUGGUGGUUAUUGUUUUUGAACUUACUGGAGGCUUGGAAUAUAUUGUCCCCCUUAUGGCUGCAGUGAUGACGAGUAAAUGGGUUGGAGAUGCUUUUGGUAGGGAAGGCAUUUAUGAAGCACAUAUCCGGUUAAAUGGCUACCCUUUCUUGGAUGCAAAAGAAGAAUUCACUCAUACUACUCUGGCUGCUGAUGUCAUGAGACCUCGAAGGAAUGACCCUCCACUAGCUGUGCUGACACAAGACAAUAUGACAGUGGAUGACAUAGAAAAUAUGAUCAACGAAACCAGCUACAAUGGCUUUCCUGUCAUAAUGUCAAAAGAAUCUCAGAGAUUAGUGGGAUUUGCCCUCAGAAGAGACCUGACAAUUGCAAUAGAAAGUGCUAGAAAAAAGCAGGAAGGCAUUGUUGGCAGUUCUCGGGUGUGGUUUGCACAGCACACCCCAUCUCUUCCUGCAGAAAGUCCUCGGCCUUUGAAACUUCGGAGUAUUCUUGACAUGAGCCCUUUUACAGUGACAGAUCACACCCCGAUGGAGAUUGUGGUGGACAUUUUCCGAAAGUUGGGUCUAAGGCAGUGCCUUGUAACUCACAAUGGGAUUGUCUUGGGGAUCAUCACAAAGAAGAACAUAUUAGAGCAUCUCGAGCAACUAAAGCAGCACGUCGAACCCUUGACGCCUCCUUGGCAUUAUAACAAAAAAAGAUAUCCUCCGUCAUAUGGCCCAGACGGCAAACCAAGACCCCGCUUCAAUAAUGUUCAACUGAAUCCCAUAGAUGAGGAGAGAGAAGAGGAAGUUCAUUUGUUGAAUAGCACAACUCUUUAGCCUGAGGGAGUCGUCUACUUUUUUCCUCCUUAAAAAAAAAAAAAGACAAGAAAUAUAAAAUCUGGACUUUUGCAACAGGGUUUGCAAACAGUGCUGGUGGAAUGAUGGAAUUUUGUGGGGAG